AUGGAGGUUUCAGAAAUGCCACCGGAAAAGGUUUCCUAUGUAUUCCCGGAAAAGUCUAAAGUUUUGUCACCGAAAAAGUUGUCACCGAGAAAGUCUAUAGUGGAAAAGGUGUUUGGAGUAUCGAAUUCAGGGAGUGGAAGUUUCAAGAAGCGUAGUGAAAGUAAGGGUUCCUUAAAUGAAGAUAACGAAGGUGGCGUGGAACUCAUGGAGAUUGGAGGACAAAGAACAAAAAAUGUGUUGAUUCUCAUGAGUGAUACUGGUGGUGGACAUAGAGCUUCUGCUGAAGCUAUUCGUGAUGCUUUUCAAAUUGAAUAUGGUGAUGAAUACAAGAUAUUUGUUAAAGAUGUUUGGAAGGAGUAUACAGGGUGGCCAUUGAAUGAUAUGGAGGGUCAAUAUAAAUUCAUGGUUAAGCAUGUUCAGUUAUGGAAGGUUGCGUUUCAUAGCACUUCUCCCAAAUGGAUCCACUCUGUCUACUUGGCUGCCGUUGCCGCCUACUACGCCAGAGAGGUGGAGGCGGGGUUGAUGGAAUACAAGCCAGAUAUUAUAAUUAGUGUUCAUCCCUUGAUGCAACAUAUUCCACUAUGGGUUCUGAAAUGGCAAGGUUUGGAAAAGAAAGUUGUUUUUGUCACUGUUAUCACAGAUCUUAGUACCUGCCAUCCUACUUGGUUUCAUCCUUGGGUGAAUAGAUGUUACUGCUCUUCGCAAGAAGUGGCGGAUAAAGCCUUACAAGAGGGACUUUUAGAAUCUCAAACCCGAAUAUAUGGCUUGCCUAUAAGACCUUCUUUCGCUCGCGCAGUUCUUAUUAAGGCUCAACUAAGAGAAGAACUUGAGAUGGAUCCUGACUUGCCGGCAGUUUUGCUGAUGGGAGGUGGGGAAGGAAUGGGUCCUGUCAAGAAAACCGCAAAGGCUCUUGCAGAAUCACUUUAUGAUAAAGAAACUGAGAAACCAAUCGGGCAGAUUGUAGUCAUUUGUGGUCGAAAUAAGAGUUUAGUAGCUUCCGUGGAAGCUAUCGAAUGGAAAAUUCCAGUAAAGGUUAGAGGAUUUGAGACGAUAAUGGCCAAAUGGAUGGGAGCAUGUGACUGCAUCAUAACGAAAGCUGGACCAGGUACAAUUGCAGAAGCAUUGAUCAGAGGUCUUCCUAUCAUCCUCAAUGACUAUAUUCCCGGACAGGAAAAGGGUAAUGUGCCUUAUGUGGUAAACAAUGGAGCUGGUGUCUUCACGCGUAGUGCUAAAGAAACAGCGCGAAUUGUGGCUGAAUGGUUCAGUACAAAACAAGAUGAUCUAAAGAAAAUGUCAGAGAAUGCACUUAAACUAGCAAAUCCAGAGGCCGUGUUUGAGAUCGUGAGGGACAUUCAUGAACUUGCAAAGCAACGGGAGCCAGGAGUCUUUCCUUACAUGUUGACCUCGUCAUUUACUAGCUUAAUCUAA